AGGUAAUGUGUUAUCAUAGGACGCACACAUUGAAUACGGCAUAUGAUACGCUAACUCGUCGGGUUGCAAUGAAUGUGAUACAAUUGUAUAUAUACAAUUCCCAGGUAGGUCAAGGCUCAUAAAACUUGCCCUAUACAGUACCUGUCAAAUUACUAUGUGUGUGAAGGAUUCUCUAGGAUUGCGCGCAACGGCGACCGUGCAGGAACUUCGGGUAUCGUGCUGUUACUGACUAUAGAGUGCAUAGCCGGAGACUCUGAUAUAGAUGAAGAGUGCGAGUGCCAAAUAUUCAAUGGUACGACGGUGGGGUAUUGAACAGGAGAGCCAAGAGCUGGACUGGUAGGGACAGCCUCUUUCUCCCUGGGCGUGACUCCCGAAGUGGAUGAUAAGGACGCUUCAUAUGUGGUAGCAUGAGAAUGUCGAUAUAGAGUCAACAGAUGCGCCGGCUCUGGCAAAAGGACAGGAGAAGAGCUACGGGAGAGCUCGGGUACAGUAGCUAGCUGAGAACCGGAUGGCCGGCGUUGAGAGUGUGGUUUCCAGUGCAGGCUUGGGGCUGUCCCUGCCACCAAUUGACCUCUACUUCCCCAAGUAGAAAGGCGAGAUGCACCUAAUUCAUUCACCGGAGACAAGGUACUACCUGCAAUUACGUGUGAAGAUGACAUUGGCGAUGUUGGGGAUGAGCAGGAUUUUGGCUCGGAUAGGAAAAAGUCCUGUAGUUCGACAGGAGCGGAGGACGUGGUGUAAAUGCUGACCGUGUCUAAGGAGCGUGGCCGUCUCAGUGAUGACGCGACAUGAGAUGGAAGCACUGGAGACAGGCCGUCUGGAGAAGGAACUGACGAGUCGAGGGAUAUGGAAGUAUUACGCCUGUCUCGUGAGUGGGAAGAUCUGUCCGAGUGUCUCCUCGGGAGUUCUGUGUACGUAGUAUCGGAUGAAGAAGAACUCGGGCGACUAGUGCGGCUGGGUGAUGCGCGUGGACGAGGCAUGAAAGCAUCGUGCAUCGAUAGGACUGCCUGCUGGUACGUGGGAGGUAGACUCGUGCUGGGGGGUGGGGACACAGUGCCGUCAGAGGAGCCUUUCCUCGCCAGAGGCGGUGCGUUAGUGGCAGGCCUUAACGAGAGGUAACGUGGUGACCUGAAUAUGAUCCAGCAAAGGAUGAUAAAGAUGUUUAGGCCUAUAACCCCUGCGACA